GUCCCUGAAGUAGCAGCCCGUUAACGUUGUCCGGCUCCUGAUUCAAUGGUUUUCCCGUCUCACCGCAGCUUUUACGCUCACGAGACGUUAUUUUGAGUUCAACAAAAUAUCUGUGUAUCAUCGAGUGAUCGUUAUGGCUGGCUGAUGUCAACCUAACAUCACCACCGUUACCAAGUCUUCAUAUAAUAGCGCAAGGUUAAGUUAGCUAGCUAGCUAACUAGCUAGCUAGCUAUCUAUUUAUUUACUAGCAUUUUCGUUAUUGUUUGGGUCAUCCAUGAAUGAAUUGGAUCCGGUAUUUUUUUAACGUAAAGAUUAUUAAGAGUAUUUUUGCUUCAAAAUGGACCUUAAUUUUUAUUCUGGACUUUCUGACGGCUGUGGUCAAAAUGUUGAUCCUGAGUUUUUGGACAGCCAAGCAUAUGCUGGAUACCCUGAGGGACAUAAGUUUUCAGAGGGUAGCGAUAGUUAUCUAACUAUAGGUGGCGGUGCUCAUCACUUUUUGUCCGCCGAGCAGACUUUCCACACCCCCAGCCUUGGAGAUGAAGUUUUUGAGAUUCCCCCAAUCUCACUUGACCCAGACACAUCCCUCAGUAUUUCUGAAGCAGUGUCCCACUUCGAGUUGUCAGACGGCACUGUGGGACCUUCGGAUUCUCGUAGCCUGGUUAGCAACCUGGUGGUGGGAGCUAAUGAUCCAUCUUUUGCAUCUCCGUUUGUAAACACCGGCUCCCAAGGCUUGGAACAUCUCAACAUGGGGACCAUGGCUCAGGCGAACGGAGGAGCCCUGCUCAGCUCCUCAUCAUUGGAGUUGGGCAACAGCAGCGGCUCCCAUUUCAGCAGCACGUCCCCAAUGACCAUUGAUGUUCAACUCGCCGACAUCACUCAUGGUCUUUUAGGAAGCGGUCAGCUCUCUACCAUUAACCAGACAGAGUUGGCGCUGGGUCUAGGAGAAGAAUGUGUAGGACCUCCCACCGGCACCUCAGAACCGCCACUGUCCGCGACACCGUCUCCAGCUGGCUCCUUACAAGAUGAGGACAUGGAUGACUUCAAGUUGGAAGCCCGGAAGCAUUGCAGCGCCAUCGGGGAUGCGUUCACAAAGCCAUUUCUCCAUGAAGCACAGGGCGGCGGAACAGAACGGAACAUCAUCAAUUGUAGGAGUGUGCUGGUAGACUCCCCCAUGUCUCUAUCCUCAUCCUUGGUCCUCUCCCAUCCAGCUGUCCAGUCCUCCAUCUCCCUGGCGACAGCCAAAAGGACCACAUCAGCUACAGUCUCCAAAACAGGCCGGCCCAAGAAAGACCCCAAUGAGCCGCAAAAGCCAGUUUCUGCAUAUGCUCUUUUCUUUAAAGACACCCAGGCUGCCAUCAAGGGCCAAAAUCCAAACGCUUCUUUUGGAGAGGUGUCAAAAAUUGUGGCUUCCAUGUGGGACAGUCUGGCCGAAGAACAGAAACAGGUGUAUAAAAAAAAGACUGAUACUGCCAAUCGGGAGUAUUUAAAAGCUCUGGCAGCUUAUCGAGCGAAUCAACUGUCACAGCCCACCUGUAAUGAGGUGGAGACCGCACCGUCACCAUCUCAACCUGAUGUCAGUGAACCUGCUAGUCAUCAGGUCGUCCGUCCAGCAAAUAACCUCGAAGAAAACACCAUCACAAACAUUUGUGCCUCAAACAUCAUUCUGGAUAUCCCGGAGAGGGCAACGCGUUCCCGCACGGGCGCAAACAAACCAGCACCGGCCCCAGCAGCCGCGGUCCCAUCCACCCAGACCGUCACCAAGAUCCUAAUCCCAAAACACAUGCUUCAGGCAGGGGGCCAGUUUGUCACUCUGCUGCCUGGCGGCAUCCAUACUUUGCAACCCACCCUCGUGGUGUCCGGCGGCCCGCGCCUGCCGCCUCCCCUGCAACAGAUGCAGAAUGCACCCCCGCCGCCACCGCUCCAACAGAUGGCGCCAGCGCCGCCGCGGUUGCUACAGGCCAAGCCUCGUGAGGGAGGAAGUGCGGCGGGACUCCCCGUGUCCGUCACUGCUGCCCCUCCGCCUCCGCUUCAGAUAAAAAUAGUUCCCUCCUCUUUGCAGAGAAAAGACACUCGGCCCAUCAUCAUCCCCGCCGCGGCUACAGUGGCGUCAACAGUGUUUGCGUCCUCACUUCCGCCAGCAGUGCAGGUGGUGAAUUCUGCCGAGUCAGCAGGUCAGCAUGAUGAAGAGGUCAUCUCAGAGGUGCUGCCUUCUGAAGAGGGUGAGAUGGAGGUGAACGAGUCGUGCGAGGACACCACUGUGCCGUGCAUGUGCGUGAGGUCCGGCUGCACAAACCCAGCGGUGGAGAGCGAAGACUGGGACAAAGAAUACUGCAGCAACGAGUGUGUGGCCUCUCACUGCAGGACUAUUGCACCACUUUUAAAGGGAAUGAGAGGAGCAGCUUUGAUUGGACAGAAUAGAAGUCAGGCUGUGAUGACGCCCACACCAGCGCGCAUUCAAAGGAGCUGAUGUAAUGAAAUUACCAAGACCGGGUCUAACCCGCCUCCUCACAGAGUUACACCAAAGAUUUGCGCUCGUCCCAAAAAUAGAGCCUGAAGUGUUAUUGAUGUGAUAUAGGUCAUUGUUUGGCUUGUAAUGACCCACCUUGGCAUUGAAUGUUGCAUAGAACUUGAUGUGUGGAUGGAACUCUUCAGCAGCAUCGACAAAAGCCUCAAAAUCUGAAAUUUGACAUGCAACCAUCAAAAGUAUUGAAGGGCAUCAGCAAAUAUAUGAAAUACAAAUAAGCGUUUAUUGCUUUUCAACAUCAUUUUCCAUCCUCAUUGCAAAGCAGUCACUCAAAUGAAACUAGCUGUCACAAGUUGCGUCUGAUCUCAUCUUGGCUUGAUUAUUAGUUGAGCGAGAGAGAAAAAAAAAAGCAAAAGCACAGUAUAUAUUCUCAUGCCAUCACAGUACAGAGUCUUACGUUCUGACUUGUGACUCUUAAAGUAGCCCACCAAUUUGAUGUCCUCUUCGAUGUUCUGAAAGCCUUUCAGUUCCCUACUGUUGUCAAUAAUUUCCACGGGAUCUUCAAGGAGCUGUGAAGGAAAUGGGAGGUCAUGGAGGAGAGAGAAAAGAGGCAACCAGUGUGAGAGACGGCCUAUUAACUAGUAACCGGGUGAUUAUAUCCUCACGAACAUCAAAGAUGAACUCCACAAGAGUGUCUGCCGCAAACUCUCCAUCGUACUCGAUGACCUCAUCGUCUGUGAAGAUGAAGAUGCUGUCGGACUCCUCGAGGCCUGGGACGUCAGAACCAAAACAGAAGGUUAAGAACGUGGCCUCACCCAGCCGCUGUACUUUAUUUUGUCAAGUAGUAAGCAAGAAGUUCCCGUGCAGCAAUGAUAUAUCGAACAGAUGCGAUCACGUUUACCCAGUUUUUUUGCUAAAGCCUUGUCAAUCUUUGCAUCGAUGAGUCCAACUCCAAUGUCCUCAUCAUCAAACUCUUCUAGGACCUGGGCUGCAAGCUGUAAAACAAGCAAACUCAAAAUGUAACCCUCAUUUUGUUAGUGCAGUUUAAGUGCUGAAUGUAGCCACAUAACUAAUGUGCCAAUCGGUUUCUACGCUGUUUGGCUGCGUCUCGUUGAGAGUCGUCGCCACGAGUUGUUUCAUGACCAUAAAAGCCUUCUUUAUCUGCCCACUGCUUAUGCGCUUUCUAAAUCUGUACGAAACUUGAACCUCAUGACUGACCGUCACUUUCGCCAAUGGAAGCGUUGCGUUCACGGGCGCGCCGAGGAAGUGGAUCGAGGGGCUGUCCCAGUUUGCUUGAACGUUUGAACAACUCCUUUUGCUGGAUUGACUUUGAAAAAGUCUCCAUUUAUUUAUACUAUUUGUUCCUUUUAAGAACAAAUAUACAAAGUGGUAACGCUCUCGUGUCAGAUUUCCAUCACAAGCCUCAUUCAAAAGACAAACUCAAUGAAUGACGACUUUUGCGAGACUAAUUGUGAAACGUUGACAUUUUAAACCCCUCGUAUCUGUUACUAAUAAUAACAUUCAAUCCAUUGAAUGUGAAUAUAAAUACAUUAAUGCUGAGAAACACAAACCUUCGGGGUACUCGACCUAGCACAAAAACCAACUCGGGAUAAAUAUAGCCAUAAAGGCACACCAGCUUCAGGGACUAUUUUGGCAAGUUGGCAGUGAUGUUCAGGUCUCCGAGAUCCGCUGACAAGUGCAGCGCUUCAAGUGUCAAUCACAGCACAGAGCUGAGGCGGCACAACUGGAGCCAGAACCUCCGGCGCUGGCUUGUAGCCCCGAGCUCUGACGCCCCAUACAGAGACUUUUUUUUUUUUUUUUUUAGUCAAAAUGAAAAGUGAAUAUGGUUGCAAACGCAGUUACUGAUGGAUGAUGACUAUGCGUAAGCUAUGCGUAAAGUGCAUAAUGCCCUUGAAGCGUUCCCACUACAUAUGUGCAGUAUUUUGUAACUGUUACAUCACGACUGUCCCCGCAAUGUUGUCAAGGAUCAAAAGUACUGUGACAUUUGAGUUCAGUGAAAUACAAA